AGGACCAAGCCUCCCUGUGUUGCACAAAGAAAGUUUCUCUGAAUAUAUUUAAAGAACCAUCAAGAAAUGGGGACGUGGAUUUUGUUUGCCUGCCUUGUGGGAGCAGCUUUUGCCAUGCCUCUACCACCUCAUCCUGGGCACCCUGGUUAUAUCAACUUCAGCUAUGAGAACUCACGUUCUCAGGCUAUCAGUGUUGACAGGACUGCUUUAGUGCUCACCCCUUUGAAGUGGUACCAGAGCAUGGUAAGACCACCAUACCCUUCCUAUGGUUACGAGCCCAUGGGUGGAUGGCUGCACCACCAAAUCAUCCCCGUGCUGUCCCAACAGCACCCCCUGACUCACACCCUUCAGCCUCAUCACUACAUCCCAGUGGUGCCAGCUCAGCAGCCCGUGCUCCCCCAACAACCAAUGAUGCCCGUUCCUGGCCAACACUCCAUGACUCCAACCCAACACCACCAGCCAAACCUCCCUCCGCCCGCCCAGCAGCCCUACCAGCCCCAGCCUGUUCAGCCACAGCCUCACCAGCCCAUGCAGCCCCAGCCACCUGUGCACCCCAUGCAGCCCCUGCUGCCACAGCCACCUCUGCCUCCGAUGUUCCCCAUGCAGCCCCUGCCCCCCAUACUUCCUGAUCUGACUCUGGAAGCUUGGCCAGCAACAGACAAGACCAAGCAGGAGGAAGUGGAUUAAAAGAUCAGAAUAUCAGAGGAGAACUGAAGUAAACACUUCAGUUGCUUUCAGGGAUGACACAAGCACACAAUGAUUUUUGCUUAAAAUCACUUAACUUAGCAAAUUCUGUAACUAAAACUGUACCAAUAGUAGACAAUAAAAUGUUUUAAAAAU